UAUAUGUACAUCUACAUCCACAUCCUUCUUAAUUUGCUGCUAUUGAUCGAAUUUGACACCCUUUACCAAAUUAAGCAGGAAAAAAUGGGAUCUAUGAUCGCUUGGCAAUGGCAAUCCCUCUAUCUCCCACCCCUACUCUUCGCCACCUUCAUUUUCUUAAUCCUUCGCCUAAGCAAAUGGCAAAGCAGCUCAAAGUCACUCAGGCCACCGUCACCACCAGGCCUCCCAAUCAUCGGCCACCUCCACCUCCUCACAGACAUGCCCCACCUCUCCCUGGCCCACAUGGCCAACAAGCUCGGCCCCAUCAUCUACCUACGACUCGGCCGAGUCUCCACCGUCGUCGUCUCAUCUGCUGACCUCGCCAAGCAUGUCCUCAAGACCCACGACCAUAUCUUCGCCAGCCGCCCGCAGCUCAUCUCAGCCCAGUACCUCUCCUUCGGCUGCUCCGAUGUCACCUUCUCCCCCUACGGCCCCUACUGGCGCUAAGCCAGGAAGAUCUGCGUCACCGAGCUGCUCAGCACGAAGCGGGUCAGCUCCUUCCAACUCAUCCGAGACGAAGAGGUGAAUCGGCUUUUGAGCUCCGUAUCGGGUCAGUCCGGAUCGGAAAUCGACCUGGGCGAGCAGUUCUUCGGUCUGGCAAACGACAUACUGUGCCGAGUGGCGUUCGGAAAGAGGUUCAAGGAGAAGUCGGGAGAGGGGCAGAAGCGUCAUUUGGUGGAUGUUUUGACGGAGACACAGGCUUUGUUUGCUGGAUUUUGUCUGGGUGACUUUUUCCCCGAGUGGGAGUGGGUCAACUGGGUGGGUGGGUACAAAGCGAGAUUGACGAGAAACUUGAAGGAUCUCAGAGCGGUUUGCGAGGAGAUUAUAAAAGAACAUGUGGAUGAGGCCGGUGCGGUGGGCAAGGAGGAUUUCGUAGAUGUGCUGCUUCGGGUGCAAAAACGCCAGGACUUGGAGGUGCCCAUUACAGACGAUAAUCUCAAAGCUCUUGUCCUGGACAUGUUUGUUGCCGGAACUGACACAUCAGCUGCAACACUAGAAUGGACAAUGACUGAGCUUGCUAGACACCCGGCAGUGAUGAAGAAAGCACAGGAAGAAGUUAGAAAUAUAGCAUCCAGCAGAGGCACAGUUGAAGAGAGCGAUCUUCAACAUCUUCAUUACAUGAAGGCAGUGAUAAAAGAGACAAUGCGGUUGCGUCCGCCAGUCCCUCUCCUAGUGCCUCGAGAAUCCAUGGAGAAAUGCAAUCUGGAUGGCUACGAAAUACCUGCAAAAACUAGGGUUCUAAUCAACACCUACGCUAUUGGAAGGGAUCCCAAGUCAUGGGAAAACCCUCUGGAGUUCAAUCCUGAGAGGUUCACCGAUAACAACAUUGAGGUCAAGGAUUCGGAUUUCAGGUUUCUACCAUUUGGUGGAGGCAGGAGAGGGUGUCCGGGUUAUUCCUUUGCGUUGGCUACAGUAGAGAUUGCGUUGGCUCGCCUCCUGUAUCAUUUUGAUUGGUCAUUGCCUCAGGGGGUUGGUGCAGAUGAUAUGGAUCUCAGUGAGGUUUUUGGGCUUGCAACCAGAAAAAAGACUCCCAUUGUUCUUGUGCCAACAGCCAACAAGCACUAUGAGUUCAAGGGCUGACCAUACUUUAGUUCUCACUUCCUAGACUUCCAAUAAUGUCUAUUUAUAAGUUCCUUGUGUUUUCCUAUA